AUGGCGCCUUUUCCUGGCAACGUGUCACUGCCCAUUUUGAUGCUCUUGGCUUCAUCUUUCUCUUUCCGUAGGGAUGACGCUUCUCAGCAGGAUCAUGGAGGGUACCACCAGGCGGCCUCCAAAUUUGACACUAAAGAGGCUCCGGUGGACCAGGGGCAGCCUCUCAACACAGUCAGCGUGAUGUGCCACCCGGACUCCCUGGAAAUUCUGAUCCAAGCAGACCUGUUUGGUGUUGGGGCACCUGUCAAUAGCUUUGAGUUGCGCCUCGGGGUGGAUCAUGAUGAAGGCUUCUGUCGGGCCACCCCAUUCUCGGAGAACCAGUAUAGGAUUCUUGUCAGGCUGCUGGACUGUGGCACCAAAUACUGGAUGACUGAGGAUUCUCUGGUCUACACCAACCUACUCAUCUACACUCCUACACCUUCUCCUGAUGGUCUCAUACGAAUGGAUGAGGCUGUCAUUCCAAUAGAGUGUCAUUAUGAAAGGCGCUACAGUCUAUCCAGUUCGUCCUUGGCUCCCACAUGGAUCCCCUUCAUGUCCACACAAGCUGCAGUAGAAACACUGGACUUUAACCUCAGAGUUAUGACAAGUGACUGGCUGUAUGAGAGGAGCUCUAACGUGUACUAUGUGGGCCAGCCCAUCUCCAUGGAAGCCUCAGUGCGAGUAGGACAUCACAUGGGUCUUCGUGUGUUCCUGAGCAGCUGUGUGGCCACACUGCAGCCCGACAUCCACUCAGUGCCUCGUUAUGUCUUCAUUGAACAUGGGUGCCUGUUGGAUUCAAAGCUUCCAGGUUCCAAGUCUCAUUUCUUAGUCAGGACGCAAGAUGACAAGCUCCAGUUGGUCAUCGAUGCUUUCAGGUUCCACAAUGAGGACAGAGGAGAGCUUUACAUCACGUGCCACCUGAAUGCAGUGCCAGUCAAUGAUGCAGAGGUGCCAAACAAAGCAUGCACUUUUGUCAACGGGAGGUGGAGGUCAGCUGAUGGCAACGACUACUUAUGUGGGUAUUGUCAAAGCCAAAGUGAAGUUGGACAAGCUCACAGGAAGCCCGCCAAGUUUGGGCCUCGUGGUUUCAGCAAGCCUGACACCUCUGAACCGCAGUGGAGGAGCAGACUUCCUGCUGACGUUUGGGAAGAGGAGCAGCGAGUGGGUCCUGUGUUGGUUCUGCCGGCCAAGAAGAGUUGGACUCUUCCUGAGGAAGAGGUGCCUUCAGUCCUCCAGAAGAUCAGCAGGCCUGCUCUGUAUGGCAGCCAGUGGAAGAGUGGGCUCAACUACAGGAAGGACCCGGCGAAGGGGCUACUUCCUGGUCUGUUCACAUCAAACCAAGAUGAUGUGACCUCUGACAAUGAAGACAUCCCACUUGAAGAAUUCGCAAACGAUCUAAAAGAUGAAGAGCAUGAAAGUGGACCUGUUGAAGCAACAUUGAUUCCAGGGGUUGGCCAGGAAGACAACUCAACACUUGACAUUGACCUUUGGCCUAUCGCUCAGUCUAAGGAUGUGACCAUACUGUCUAAUUCAACUGAUGCACAGUUGGACCAGUCUGUUAUAAAUGACCCAAAGAAAUAAACAUUUGAUUAAACUUGAUGUGCUUUUAGUGACCUGAUGGCUAAAGAACAUGAAAUUGUAUACUUUGGGCUCACUGUUAUAAAGUUUGAGUUAUGUAGACCAAGUGGUGCCACUGCAGCAGCUGACAUAAUUCACCAGCAACUUUAAAGUGAUGAAUGCUG